AUGGCGAGCGGCCGGGGCUUGGGCGCUCUCCCCGCAGCGCGCAGAGCCCCACACCGGCCCGGCGCCGUGGCCCCCGGUAGAUCCCAAAAGAGUGGGUUCCUGAGGCUCUUGCUCAGCAGGACGCAGCAAUGCCCGCAAGCCCGCGGCGUCGGUCGCGUCCCCGCGACGUUUCCCACUGGGAUCGGACCCUUCCCCGUCGCUGGGCUUCAGCGCUCCCUGCCCGAGGGCGAGCGGCGCUCCGAGGAAGAGGGCGCCGGUGGUAGCGCCCGCCCCGCGGAAGCCACGGCCGGGGGGCGCCCGGCGGAGGAGGCGCAGCCCCCGGAGACGGCGGAGCGGGACGCCGCCGGACUCAGCGACAGCGAGAUGUCGGCCGCCGUGUCAGAUCGCAGCCCCCCGGACGAGGAGGACGGAGCGGGCAAGUGCGGGAAUUUGAUGCCGGGAGAGGAGGAGGCGGCAGCGCCGAAGCCGCGGAAGAAGCGCUCCCGCGCAGCCUUUUCCCACGCGCAGGUCUUCGAGCUGGAGCGGCGCUUCAACCACCAGCGCUACUUGUCGGGGCCCGAGAGGGCCGACCUGGCCGCCUCACUAAAGCUCACCGAGACGCAGGUGAAGAUCUGGUUUCAGAACCGGCGCUACAAGACCAAGCGGCGGCAGAUGGCCGCCGACCUGCUGGCAGCCGCCCCCACCGCCAAGAAGGUGGCCGUCAAGGUGCUGGUGCGCGACGACCAGAGACAGUACCACCCCGGCGAGGUGCUGCGGCCGCCCUCGCUGCUCUCCCUCCAGCCGUCCUACUACUACCCCUACUACUGCCUGCCCGGGUGGGCUCUGUCCACCUGUGCUGCAGCCGCUGGCACACAGUGAGGGGCACACAUACAUAUCCCGCUGCCCCCGACCCCCCUCCCAUGCACACUGGCAGCCAGGAAACCCAUCUCCCCUCUGCCACCCCCCCAUCCAUCAA